UUGAUACUGUACCUAUAUUCCUGCUUUCUUGUUUAUCAUCACUGCUUAUUAGCAUACUAAUCUACCAAGUAUACACUGCAGAGUCAUUUUUGAGGAGGACAGAACAAAAUGGCUAAAGCAACCACUAUAAAAGAAGCAAUAACAAGAUGGGAAGAAAAGAAAGGACAGAAGGCUGCUGAAGCACAAGAGGUCGCUUUAUAUGCUCAGUUUCCCCCCAUUGAAAAGAUGGAUGCCUCUUUAGCUGCAUUAGUUAACUGUGAGAAGUUGUCUCUUUCAACAAACUGUAUUGAAAAAAUCUCAAAUCUUAAUGGACUCAAAAAUCUCAAAAUUUUGUCACUUGGUCGCAAUAAUAUAAAGAAUUUAAAUGGACUGGAAGCUGUCGGAGACCUUCUUCAGGAGCUGUGGAUUUCUUAUAAUCAGAUAGAAAAACUCAAAGGGAUUAAUGUCAUGAAGAAGCUGAAGGUGCUUUACAUGUCAAACAAUCUGGUUAAAGACUGGGCUGAAUUUGUUAGAUUGGCAGAACUUCCAUCUCUUGUUGAGCUGGUUUUUGUUGGCAAUCCACUGGAGGAGAAGUAUUCAGCAGAAGGCACUUGGACAGAUGAGGCAUCAAAAAGGGUUCCGAAACUUAAAAAAUUAGAUGGAAAUACAAUUAUCAAACAAGAGAGCGAAGAGGGUGAAUGAAACCGCAAGAGCAAGAUUUGGAAUUCAGUAUCUGUAAUUGUUAUUUGUAGCUCAUGAAAUAUUUGAUGUAUGUUUUUUAACCAUUUGUCUUGUUUUAUCUCCACGUAUUAUAUUUAAAUUUGGCAAUGGCAAAUAAGUGAAUAUUUAUGCAAGCGUGUGCACUGUGUUUGACUGGUGAUGCCCACAUGAGGUGAUUCUGUGUUGCAUCCAGCACUACCAUCUCCAGAAGCCACCAACCCUGACUUGAAAUAAAUUGGUUCAGGAACUCGGUAUAUGGAUAUUUCUGUAAAUUCUUCUCAGCGAGGCAUUUACUCUGAAGUAGCUGUAUCUCUGCUCAUGUUUUUGUUUUAACCAUUUCUUAAUCAAAAUCCAGUUUUGACUUUAAUCAGAUUCUUGUGAAAAUAAAUUUUCUUUUUGUACAUUUAUUGACUUGCAUUAAACAAAAGACCACAGGUGUAUUUAUAAUGUAAAUAAUUGGCCAAAAGAGCAUAAAUCAUCAAAAUCUGAUGGUUUAGAUAGUUAUAAGAAAAUAUUAGAUAGUGAAGUAGAAAAAAACAGCAUUUACACCAUGCCUGGUCCAUUUCAAUACUUUGGUUCAGUAAUAUGCUUCUCACAG